AGAUAAUAUAUAGAUAAGAUAACGAUAAGAUAACGCGAUAUUUUUGUAGGAAGGUGCAAUUUACGUCAAUUUCUUUUCAAAGAGGAUUUGCGCACAGUAAAAGAGCAAUUCAAAGAAGUAUAAAUUUAAUCUAAUGAAUUCAGUUGCAAGAUGUCAAAUUGCGAACGCCUUCGCAAUUUUUUCCUAUUUCCUGCGUAUAGAUGCAAAUACGCAGGAAACACGUUCGGGGAACGCGACGGAAAUGGGUCACGGAAACGCUGGGGUAUUCAAAGGAGCCGAUCCGCGACGGCCGAAAGCGGCGAGACGCAGCUGCUGGACAGUGAACCUGCCACCUGUACGUGUAACUUGUAACGUACGUGUGUUAACACCGGUGGGGUACGUGACCCCACCUCUGUCGCGCAUCAGGGAGACUAUCACUGCCUACCUACCUAUUCAGGAGAUCAUCUUCCCGAGUAAAAGCCGAGUACUGAACGAGCGUGGGCACAGACAGCAUCAUGCGCUUGGUGGCCAUAUCAAUUUUAGUAGCCUGCCUCAGUCUGGCUAGGUCUCAGAAGUCUGAGAUCUCAGCUAAGGUUCUUGAAACUGCACCACCUGCGGUAAAACUCGACAAAAAUCUACGGCAAGCGUUGCUGAGAGCGCUGACGGAACUAGAGGCCGAAUCUGCGGAGCAACGAAAGGAUGAAGAUGAAAAAUCGCUCAUUAUGACUGUUGAAAAGACUUUCGAUGAAGUGGUUAAGAAAAACCUGAAUAAUAAUAUCGGCGUGAUACCGAAAGCUUCCUUCUCGUUUGACAAUUUUCCGGGAGAUGAGGAAAUCGUCAACGAGGAAAAAUUGCAAAAUUCGAGCUUUCUCGAGUCAAAGAGGUACGUUUCCUCGAGUCCGUCGGCGAUGAUAGAAAAAGCGAGUCACGACGACGCCAGAAGCUUCCACGUGCAGAAUGUGGCUCUCUCAGAUAAAAGUACAACGCCACGACGUGAAUCUAAAGUGGAUCCGCCGGAAACGAAGAAAACUCCCGCGGGCUCGUCCACGGUCAGCAAGGUAGAGAGUAUCACGCUGAAACCGAUUACGCAAUUAUCAGAGAGCUUGACGCAAAGCGCUAGCAACGGGAUUACCAAUACCAACACGCUGAUCACCCCGAAACCGACUGCAUCUAGUCCGACAGUUCCGCUCAGGAACAAUGUCACUUUGUCUUCUAGCGCUAAUAAGGAAAGAGCUCAAGCGGAGGAAGUGAAAAUUUUCCAAGCGCCUUUGGUUGCGGCCUUUACGGUGCAACAAGAUGAGCUUGGUAUACCGAAGAGCAUCGUGCCGAUAUACAGGCAAUCAGGCGAUGGACAGGCCCUGACUCUUCAAGAGCAGCUGGAAUUCAAACAAAAAUUACUGGAGCAGCAGCUGGCGGAGUUGCAGCAGCAGCAAAUCCAGCAGACGCAGUUUCUCGCCAGGCAACGUCAACUGUACGAUCAGCAGUUGAGACAGAAACAGCAGCAACUAUAUCUUCAGGAACAGGCUAGAAUCAAGCACUUGGAAGAACAGGCUAAAAUCAAACAAUUGGAGGAACAGCGUUUGAGGCAGCUGGAGGAGCAGAGGAUCUACCGUUUCCAUCAACACAAUCAUUUCCCAUUGCUACAGAAGUCGCACAUAUUUGAACAAUCGAACGUAUUGCCGCUUCAGCCGCCCCAGCCACCCCAGCCAUCCCAGCCAUCCCAGCUGCAUUCGGAGCCUACGGUUCAUCUUCAACCAAGUGUGUCCCUGGAGGUUCCCAGCGUUGCGGCGCCCCCAUUAUUCCGCUCAAACUAUCAGGAGCAGUUACAUUUCCAGCAGUUCCGUCAGCAACCUCAACCACAGCCCCAACCCCAGCCCCAACCACAGCCUCAACUCCAGCAACAGCAACAGCAACAGCAUCAGCAUCAGCAUCAGCAGCGAUUGCAACAGAAUUUUGUUUCGUUUCCUACUGACUUCCAGCCGCCCGUUGUGCCGGCCACGAGAUUUAACAGGCAGGAAGCUUUUAAUGCAGUUGGCAAUUUUGGUUUCAACCUGGAUAACAAGCAACCGCCUCCGUCGAGGAACACAUUCAAUUUCAACGCGAUACCAAGGAACCCGAAUACGUUCGUUUACAAUCCCUAUGUGCAGUUCAGGCAGAUCCCAACAAGGGUGCAGCCGCCCGCCAAGCAAAUCCAACGUCUGAUUUAUCAAUCGGGAGUCGCCGGUGAGUUGGGCAACAUACAGGGUCCAGGUGACGAAGAUCUCAACAUCGUGUCCAAGGUAUUGGCGCUGAACGUUGGCGCGUUACCCAACAAGAACUAUAAUCAAUUUAUCACGAAUAAUCGCAGCAAAUUGGGCAGCGCGUGAACAGACAGAUAGAUGUAUCGAUGUAAAACUUGGACGAGUCGUGUAAAUCACUACAGGACGAUAUUAGCAAGGUGAAAUCGAGCUCUCUCUUUUUUCUCUCUGUCCCUCUAUCUCUUCUUCCUCUCUGCUUCUCUCUUUCGUCCCUCACCCGUUUUCUUUCUAUCUUGGCCUACUCUUUAUAUGGAUAUCUUCUCUAAUUUCUCGAAUCUUUGGCAUUGAAACACAUACAAACACGCAUACACGCAUACAUCGGUGACAAAAGUCCGGAUAUCAUCACGGAUUUUGCAUACGUACAGACGCACUUAUACGUACAUACGGAGAACGGUUAUUCAUAGCUCGCGAGAGGACGCGGGAUGACUCGGUAAGUUCAAUAGUACGCGAGUCAUGACGAUAGUAACCUUGAAUAUACCAGCAUCCAAGUGAAAUCGAAUCGUUGCGAAUCAUUUUUGCCCCCUCGGUGUUACCUCCGCGAGAUUUUACUCUCCGCCAAAUCUCGAGGAUCGAUAGGAGCGUGAGACAAAGAUGUAGGAACAUAGCGCUUCGGGAAGGCGGGAGAAUCGGAACAACGAGAAAGCUAUUUCCUUGGCGAGCGUAUAAUGCUGUAUUAAUUACGAUUGUAUGUAUCUCAAAACAAGGGCCUUGCCCGUGUAACGGCCUUCCCGUGCCCGAUUACGCAAGUUCGCACUUGGUUCGCGUGACGCAUGACACUGUAUAUAAUUGUGUGACUCCAGUCCCGCUUCCUUGUCCCUUUUGAUUUUCACUUCCAUUCUUGAUACAGCGCUCGGCGACGUGAAAACACACUGCCAGUUCUCGUCGAUAAUAGCUAGAGCACGCUCAACGGCAGAGAACGCGAAGAAGCACGUAAUCAUAAAAACGUAACCGUAGCAAUAAGAGUAUUUAUGUUAACAGAGGAGGAGAAGGAUUAAUCCAUGCGCUUGACAUGACAGGAAAGAAGGCGAAAAUCUCGCCGGACUCGCAUUACAUAGUUUUAUGUUAUUACGUUCCACUUGGGUUUGACGCUCGAGAGACGAAAGAAAGGGAAAAUAUCUCGCAAUUUGUUCUCGGCAAAUAUGGCUCGCGAAUUUGCCGAAGCCAUUUUUGAAAUUCGACAAGUUAAAUAAAUCCUAUGCCAGCUUUCUAAUAUAUGCGCCUAACAGAUUACUAUUUGUACUCUAAGAAAACAUUAUUUCACCCGUCUAAUUACUCUUCAGUUAAAUCUUCGUUGAAAAAAAAAUAAAUAAAAAAUAAAAAAACCGUCAAAUCCAAGUUUAUUAAAGAUCAAAACUCUAUAUUAUUGAUUAGCUGACGUUCUACAGCCUGUGUGUAUAUCGAGUUGGUUCUAAUGAGUUAGUCUUCUAACGAGACGCACACACACGGAGAGCUCGUGUACGGGAUCAGGGGUCUCGCGAAGUCGUGCAUCGAGCCGCGCAUCGGGAUUGAAAACGCUUCUUCGACUGUAAAUAAACUUUCCCCGGCGGGUACCACACAAUGCCGACGAGGAAGCCGCCGACGCGACGCGAGAGACACAUCUCUUGCGCGUAUAUAUACGUGUACGUGUAUGUCCUCAAUUUCACAAAGCGUUUGGCACAGAUCCGUGAUUUCACCCGGCGGGCGAAUCGGCGAAUCUCGUGGGACAUCGGCGUCUCUCUUGUUUUACUUGUCUUAAAAUUUUCGGUUAAACUUACAGACAAUUACGUUAAUUUAGCGAGUGUGUCACAUCUAUUCGGGGUAUCAUUGUAAUCAACAAACGACAAUAACGCCAUGAUAAUUUGUCUCAUUGUCUCCCGCACGUAUAUGAAUUAUAUGUGUCCCAUGCGUGUGUUCAUUUGUGUUGGAAUUAAAGAAUGCAUAUUUUGCCAUUCUCUUUCUCAUAAAUUCUCUCGACAGUAAUCCGAUAACAUCAUGAAUCAUCUCUUCAGCGCCGUCAUUUAUUUAUUCGAUUCGAUAUUCGAACGCUACGCGAUUUUCCUGCCUCAACGCGAGGAAAUGAGUAACGCUAAACGCGCCUUGAUUAAAGAUUUAAAGCUUUGUCUGGAAACUGAAAUCGAUGUUGGAUUGCGAUGCACCUUCGGCGAGAGUGACUGCGUGAGCGAAAGUUGAUGGCGAUUCGUUCAUAAAUGCGAGUUCUUUACGAGCGCUAGCUGCGAGGCUUUGCGCGACUGAACGUAACGUUAAAAUAAAAUAACAUUUAAAAUAAAAUAUAGAUAAUGUUAGACAUAAUCUCGAUAUAAUUUGCUUAUAAUUUAUCUGACGCUGGAUUGUACGAAUUCUUGUGUAUAAAUGUUAAUAAACUAAUUUGUUUACAAA